ACAAUGGAUUGAUAUAGUUGAUAUAGAAAAGUGGCCUGGUAGAGUUUAGCUUUGUUAAAUCCUGGGUUUGUACUGAUGUUCAGUAAACUUUAUCCUGUGAGUCAGUGAACUUUCUCCUGAGUCCCCUUCAGUAGGGAGACAUAAUUUGUAACCAUAUUAAUAGCAGUUUGCUUUGAUUUAAGAUAGAAAGCUUGAUCUUUGUGCUCUUUUUUUAUGAUUUAAGCUGAAUGAAGUUGAGCUAGUUAAUAUUUGAUAAAAAUAUAGAAGUGACAUUUAGGGGGCCUUUCUUGUUGGAGUUUUCUGGUUUUUGUUGUUCUCCCUUUAAAUCCCAUCACAUUGUGUAAGAUUCAUGGGAUCGUAGUCAUAAUUGUCAAUUAUUUGGUAGCCAGUGACUGGACUUGGCAGCAAAACACUCGGUAAUGCUAAUUUCUUCAUAUGUCUGUAGUCAACAUGUUAGCUAUAACUGUUGUGUAAAUCUGUUUAGCAAAUCAAUAGGAGUGAUGAACGGAAUGCUUGGGAACGAACCAUUUCCAUCAGAUGGCAAUCUGAAGCUAUAUCGUUGUGAUGUCUGUGGGAGAAGCUUUGCACCAGAUGUUCUGGAAAGGCAUGGGCCAAUAUGCAAAAGACUUUUCAAUAAAAAACGUAAGCCUUUCAAUUCCUUGAAGCAAAGAUUACAGGGCACUGACAUUCUCACGGUCGCAAGGUCUUCCCCAAACAAGAUGCCACCCGUGAAGAAAUCUAAUUGGAGACAGCAACAUGAAGACUUUAUUAACGCAAUUCGAUCAGCCAAGCAGUGUACCUUGGCCAUUAAGGAAGGCCGUCCUCUUCCUCCUCCACCCCCUCCAACUAUCAACCCAGAUUAUAUUCAGUGUCCUUACUGCAUGAGAAGGUUUAAUGAAACUGCAGCAGCGAGACAUAUUAAUUUCUGCAAGGAUCAGGCAUCCCGCCGAGUUUUUAAUCCAGCCCAGACAGCAGCCAAAAUAGCAUCCAGAGCCCAGAACAAAGCUCAAAUGAUUCCCAAAAAAGAACCAACUGUAACAAGUGCUGUGGGAACAUUGCUUCAGAACAGGGCAGUGGACCCCUCGAGUGACCGCACUACCAAAGGAGGACCAUCCUCAGAGGCAAGAACUGGAUUAAAAGUCAAGAAGUCAACGAUCUCCAGAAAAAAUUAAGUCCUUUGAUCAAGACUGACCUGUACAGAAGAUCACUGGCCCCUCAGCAUCCUCUGUGGCUGCCUUCGUUUUAAGCAAGUAUUAGUUAAGGCCAAAGAACCACAGAUUUCCAUUUGCAUUCCUAUUAUUCAACUUGGAAUACCACUCAAAAUAUGCCUGUUUAAUUGUAAUGAUUAAAACAAUGACUUCAAAUUUU